AUGAUUGACCGAGUCGAGACUGCGAACACUCAAGGACUACAACGAACGGAAGCGCCAGAACUCGUCCGAAACAUGUCACCAGAGGAGCGUGCACAUGCCGAGAAGGUGCUUGUUCGCAAAAUCGACUUCAGACUCAUGCCAAUGCUUGUUCUUAUGUACAUUCUCAACUACCUCGACCGAAACAACAUCGCAUCGGCGAGACUGGCUGGACUGGAAACAGACUUGGCUUUAACAUCUUCGCAGUACGAGACUAGUGUCUCGAUUUUGUUCGUUGGUUACCUUUUGAUGCAAAUUCCUUCCAACCUUUUCUUGAAUAAGAUUGGCAAACCAGCCCUCUACCUCCCUGCAGUGAUGUGCGUCUGGGGCGUCAUUUCGACAUGCACUGCCGCUGUGCAGAGUUUUGGAGGACUAGUCGCUGUCAGAUUCGUACUAGGUUUUGUUGAAGCGGCUUACUUCCCUGGCUGCUUGUUCUUCCUUUCGUCCUGGUACACUCGCAAAGAGCUUGCUUUCCGUUCUGCAGUUCUAUACUCUGGCUCAUUGAUCUCUGGAGCCUUCUCCGGCCUGAUCGCUGCAGGAAUUUUGGACGGGCUAGAAGGUCACUUGGGCUUGUCAGCAUGGCGCUGGCUUUUCAUCAUCGAAGGUGCCAUCACCAUCGGCGUCGCAUUCGCCGCAUUCUUCCUCCUCCCUAACUUCCCACGUACCACAAAAUGGCUUAGCGAAGAGCAACGUCAACUGGCUGUUUGGAGGCUACAAGAGGAUAUUGGUAUGGACGAUUGGGUCAGCAGCGAAGGACAAUCGUUCUGGCACGGCUUCAGACUCGCGUUCACCGAUAUCAAAACAUACAUUCUGAUGGUUCUACUAUUUGGCAUUGUGGCUUCGGGCUCGGUUACCAACUUCUUCCCUACAGUUGUGCAAACACUGGGAUACAGCAAGAUUGUCAGUUUGUGUCUGACAGCGCCACCUUACUGCCUUGCUGUUAUCACUGCUUUCGCGAACGCCAUUCACGCUGACCGUACUGGUGAACGCUUUUUCCACAUCACGGUUCCGCUCUUAUUUGCGGUAGCUGCAUACAUCAUCGCUGCUACCACUACAUCCACCGCACCUCGUUAUGUAGCCAUGAUGCUCAUGGUUCCUGGAGUCUACACUGGCUACGUCGUCGCCCUUGCAUGGAUCAGUAACACCAUUCCUCGCCCACCAGCCAAGCGUGCCGCUGCUCUUGCCGGUAUCAACGCCAUCUCCAACGCCAGCAGUAUCUACGCCUCAUACAUGUACCCCAGCUCUGCAGGACCGAGAUAUAUCGUGGCGAUGAGUGUGAAUUGCGCGACUGCUGUCAUGGCAAUCUUGGCAGCUUUCACUUUGAGACAGAUGCUGGUCAAGCUGAACAAGAAACUUGAUAGAGGCGAGCAUGUCGAGGGUGCUGUCUCGUCCGGACAAGGUGUUCCCGGCGAGGCAGCGAAGAAGGGCUUCCGUUUCUUGCUGUAG